UAAAUGAAAUGCAACAACUUUGCUACAGUUAAAAUAUUAAAAUGUCAUAUUGAUGAUAGAAAACGCUGACAAGAUUCAUGUUUGAAAAAUGAGAUGCUCUUACUUUGAUGUUGAAGGAUCUAACAUUGAUUAACGAAAUUAGAAUCAUGGGUUUUAUUGGAGAUUUAUAGCAAUGUCUCAUGCUAAGUUCCAGACGAGAUUUUUUUUUUUCGUCUUCUAACACAUGGAUGCUUUUCGAAAAAUGAUCGUGUGUGGCAUACUUACAAUCUGAUAACGAUCUGAGAGCACGUGUUGUUGUUGGGGAGAAAUUCGAAUUUUUUUCGCCUUGUGCCACGCUCUCGCUCGCACGUGUCUGGAACAGAGAGAGAAACGAAUGCUAUAUAAACACGUGCGAUGAGAGGAAAAUUACCAUUUACAUCAGAGACAGCAGAGAGUAAGCAUACGAGAUGAGUUCACCCUCGUUCAUCCUCCCAGACAGCCCGCCUUCGCAGCAGGUCCUGAACUACUGGCAGCGCAGAGCUGCCGAGAGCUGCGCCAGCUCUUCAGCUGCGGCCGCCUCAGCUCCUGCCUCCACUGCACCACACCGUUCGACAUCGCCAGGGGGUGAGAUGGUGAUUGGAGACAGCCCCGUGCAACGCCUGCGUCCGCCAGCUACGUGGGCUCCGCGCCGUGCUGUGCUGACGACGCUGUCCAACAAUAUUAGGGAGAGACAAGCGAAGAGGAAACUCGAGUUUGAGGAGGGCGAAGUGAGCGGUGAAGAGGAUAGUCUGCUCCCUCAAUCAAAGAAACGUAUGCCGGAGCAGGAGGACUCCUCCCUCGUCCCCCUGAUAAAGGAGGCUGAAAUGGGGUUUGUUGAACUUAUCAACAAACCGGUGAGCAAGCCGUGGGUCCCCUUACGAGAGUUGGAGGAGGACCACCCCUACCGAAUCGUGAGCGCGAGGGAGCACACUAAUCAGCACGGACGCCGGAUAAUUUUGAAAAUCAUCAAUGCAGGAAGCAAAUGUGAGGUGUAUCUACCUCAAAGAUUUGCUUCCUGCAUUGAUGCAGCAAAAAUUCGUGAAUUUAAUUUAACUGUACAAAACCGGGAAAAGACCCAGCCGAUACACCAGUUGCAGCAGGGUAUAAAUUAA